CGAAAGCAGUUCGUCUUUAGCCAACCGUCAUCGGUGGCAGGUUUGAAAAGCGCUACACGGUGGUUCGUUCAGCAGGCUUCAGCAGCUUUCUUGGUUCUGGUGUUGUGUCUGGCGCGUCGUCUCGUCUUCGCAUUGUCGCUUUCAGUACGACCGCAACGGUGGCCGCGUUCGGGAGGUGCGUUUCGAGUUUUCUCCUGCAUUAGUUUAGAAAGCCGAGCGUUUCUACAGAAAUAUUGGAGAAAGUUAUUAGAUCUAUAGUUAAUGAGUUAUUCCCGAAAGUGAUCAAAUAGGAGUCGACAAGUAAUUCAGUGCAGUGUAUUGUAUUGGUUCCUGUGCCAGCAUCACAACCAAGAAGCAGUGCCAAGCAAGUGAUAUGAUAAGUGUAUCCGUGCGUGAAACGUCAUAGUGCGUGGUAUAAAACCGACAAAAAAAACGCUUCACAUUCCGACACCUGACGAGUGUGAAUCUUUGAGUGGUGUUCGUCUUACAGCAGAAAAUUUGUUGUUGGAGGCACUAGGCCCCAUUCAUAAAAGCUUCUAGCAGGAAAAAAAGGCAUUUGACAUCAAACAAAUUCCAGUGCCCAGCGCGUGGUGGAGUAGGAGUUGUACGCCGAAACAACCCAACAUCCGGUUGUCAUCAGCACCGGCGAGAACCGUUCCAACCAACCAACAUCCCCAGCCAGCCGACAGAAACCUACCAGCACAUCCACAAGAUGAAUGGUUUCCGAGUGCUCAAUUUUGCACUGUUCGCGUUCUGCUUUCUCUGCACAAUCGAACAGUUAGAGAGUACCUGUGUUUUUGAUUCCGAUUUCGGUCUCAUCCUGAACUGUGCCUUCAAAAAGUCCGGCCUGUUUCGGGUGCGGAAUUUGGGCGGCAUCAAGGCCCACUUCGGGUUAGGCUUCAGCGUUGGAGAUGAGCUGGGACUGGCCGAAUCGCUCGGCAACGUCGAGGCAAACAAGCGGCGUGCCCUCAACAUUCGCACCGGUGCCAACAAUAUAGGCGUUCUGCCUGCGUCCAAAAUGCCGACAUCCUACCCAUCCCUACCGGCCCCGAUCGUCCCAUCCCCGGGCGCUCCCAUCCAGCAGAGCCGGCCCCAGGCGGUAACGGUCCGUUCGUCCGCCCCGAUGCUCCCCAAGGGCGGUCUGCCACCGAAGGGCGUUCCCUCGUCCGCCUCGCCCGUGUACAUGUCGCCCGCGUCCAGCCUGAUGACGAAGGCCACCUCCCUGCCCCUCGGGGUGCCCCCCUUCCGUCCCAUUCCUAAGCCGACGCCGGAAGCGGAGCCGGUGAGAUUCGACCCGUCCGUGCUGCGCCGCAACUUUGCCCUCAAAACCGCCCAAACUCCCGAUCCCUCCUUCCAGAGCCAGCUGAUGAAUCAGACCUCCUCCUUCCAUCGGGGCGGUGCGGCGAUCCGCACUGCUCCCGCCUCCCCCUUCCCCUCCGCUCCCAAUCAGCAGAUCAUCUACAAGGAGCAGACGGCGAACCUGCAGGUGCAGAAGGUGCCCGCCUUCCAGGCCAUGCCCGAAUCGGUGUCCCGCAUCUCGACCGGCCCGGUCGUACAGGUCGACAACAAGCUGCAGCCGUCCGCGAUCAAGAACUCCAUCAUGAGCAUUCCACCCCGGCGCCAGAUGACCGGGAAGCCGGGGCCAACGAUUGCGACGGGCAGUGCGACCACCGGAGACGCCGCGGAAGAGAUCGACCUGAUGGGCCACACGGUGGAGGAGCUGGCAGCGGCGGCCAACGUGAGCGUGGAGGUGAUCAAGGAGGCCAUCCGCGUGCGGCAGCAGGAGCUGCGGGCCCAGAAGCAGUACGAGAAGCAGCAGGCCGCCUUCGCACAGGCCCAGUUCCUGGCGCAGCAGACGACACCGGCGACGACGACCACCACCACGACGACGCCACGACCGCGCCGCUACCCGACCAACGCAGGACACAAGGUCAUGAACGCACCGAAAGAGUACUACCCGGUCGGCUACGACAAGAACUUCGAUGACAACUUCACGUCCAAGGUGGACCUGCCGUACACGACGUUCAACUGCGGCGAACAGAAGCACUUCCCGGGGCUGUACGGCGACGAGGACCUUGGUUGUAUGGUCUUCCACGUAUGUGCCCUGACGGACGAUGGACUGAUCAUGAAAUCGUUCCUCUGCCCGGAAAGCACCCUGUUCGACCAGACGGUGCUGAAGUGCAACUGGUGGUUCUACGUCGACUGCAAGAGCAGCAAGAACCUGUACGACUCGAACCUGCCGGUGUCAAAGAGCUACCAGCUGAUGAAGGCGCUAUCGUUCUUCUCCUCCAACUACAAAAACCCGGGCGACUCGUCUGAGGGCGUCGACGUGGAGGCGCUCAAGAACAGCGUGGCGACGGCGGUCGCCGUCGGUGGGUCUGCCCGCUCGCUCGACAGCCUGAGCAGCAACACCAUCGCCGGCUCGACCGGCGAACGCUUCCAGGACCUGGGACCGGCCGCGUCGGAGAGUGUGCGGAGCCAAAGCAACAACACAACGGUCGUCUCUACACCAAGCAGCAGCACCACGAGCAGUAGCAGCACCACCAGCAGCAGCAGCAGCAGCAAAACAACGACAUCGGCGUAAAUGGAAAUGAUUUGAUUUCACCGAUUUCCUCCACACUGCCACAUGGUGUGGCCCAUGGUGUGAAAACUGUAAGUGUGUGCGUGUUUGUGUGUGUGCGUGUGUAUGCGAACGAACUCUAUAGCAAGUAAGGCGUAAUGGUUGUGUCACCUUCGGCAAAGCGGCUCCGGGCAUCACCCACAGCGUAAGUGGCGGUUUUGUUUUUUUUUUAAUGUACAAUUUGAUGGGAGGGGAGUGAUUUAAGUGAAAACAGAAACCUACCCUCACCCUUUCCCCUUUCAACGGUGCUAGUGACGGAGGGGCUGGGGGUGGAUGGUAACACACGCGGGCGUGCGUUACACUGGCCAUUAUGAUUAUUUCCAUAGCUCGUACCGCCAGCGAGAUUGCAUACAUUUUGGCGCACAAGCUUCGGUAAACCGUUUUUGCCCCUGAAAGGUACGCAAUCUGUGCAGCGUAAUUACCUUUCGCAAAGGCACGGAAGCCCCGUGUUGCGUUCCCUCUUUAUACUGCCGGAACUGCAUUCAAACUCAUUCCACUCCAGCCAGUGCAACGCACAAACCCGGCGUGCUGUGGGUUUGUGGGUGCUUAAUCACCUUACCCCGCUUGGCCCCGCUGUCCUGUGCGGAUAGAUUUUCAACUGUUCAACCGCAUGGAGGGAAGGGGAGAAAAGUUCGGUGCAACAAGGUAGCAUAAGUAUUUAUUAAACAAGGUGGAUGCGGCACGAACCUAACUCUCAUCCCGUCCCGUCACAAAGCGCUCACAAAGCGAUUGCCAUUCACGUGGGUGUGUGUGCCGGUGGAUGAUUCGGAGAUUGGGUCUGAGCGUGUGUGAGUGUGUGGUGUGUGUCGGAGUAUUAGAAGACUUUUGUUAGACGUUAGUGUGUUAGAGGUAAUUGAAGGUGGGACAGCGUGGCACAGUUGCAUCCGAAGGAAGAUGGGGUGGUUUUACGUUUCACUGUUACUGUGCUAGCAGAGACCUCUUAGAUUAUUUAUGGAAUUAAGUUUGACAUCUAGUGACUGUUUCUCGGGGUAUAUUGGCAAAACCGUCUCUCUUUGCGGCAGCAAGAGUCGGGCAGUAAGGUAGCUUAGCAGUAGAUUCCAUUGUUUUUUUUUGUUUUUAACGCGAGCGUAGCCUCAUAUUUAUUUAACUAGCGGCGUAAGGUGCAUGCGGUGUAGAGCUCCUAGUAUCUACUUACUUAGCGUUCCGGUAGUUAAAACAUAGCAAUAGCAGCAACAGUGCUUCUUACAACCAGUUAGCUCGGUUCCGGUUGAUGUAACGCUCUUCGAUGAGGCAGAUAUACACGUUUCGUAGGACACAAACUAUUGGCUAGUAUCGUUAUAUGUAUGUUGUGCUACUACUACUAGUACUGUGCGCAGCAUUACACAUUACACAGUCCGUUUUGGCUCAUAGUUGUGUAGCACAUCUGCGAACGCGCGCAACCAUUUGUACGAGACGCAAACUCUCCUAGACACACCUACAAAUUGCUCACUUAGAAUCAUGGUUAUAGGUAUGGUAAGAUGGGUUACAAACUUUGGGUUUACCGCGUGGGGCCCGAAAUUAUUCAGAUAAACCGAACAACAAAAAAACACAACUAGCGCGAGUACGAACCCGUAAUUGUAAUCUUCUCGUUGUGAAAUGAGGUGCGCAAAAACGCGCAGAACUAUGCCAACAGUUGCCGGAUCCAGGGCAAACACUCUACUCAAUCCAGUUGAACUAUUACUGAUCAAGUAAAACAACACAUUAAUUUCAAAUUUAAA